AUGGGGAAGAAGCGGACUCAUGCCGAGACGAAAAAUGGCUUCACGAAGCCGCCGCCGGACAAGGACCGGAUGAGCCACAAGGACAAGAAGAAAGAGAGACGGAAGAAUGGCGAGGAGAAGAGGCAGAAACCUGCACUGCUGUUUACACCCCAACCAGAAUGGCACGCGGUCGAGCUACCCGAGCUACCAACGAUCGAAAACCCCGUCAUUCCUCCGCGCCAUGUCAUUGACGAGCUUCACCACUAUGCCGAUGGCCUUCUGGAAGCAGAGGCGACCGAAUAUGCGGGGUCCUCGUUGUCCCAGGACUCGUCCCAUAAGUUCUUGUCUACCAUUAUGUCCUCGGGAACCAUGGAAGAUAAAGUCUCGGCCCUGACGUUGCUCGUUCAAGAGUCGCCCCUACAUACUACGAAUGCUUUUGAGCAGCUGCUUAACCUUUCGAAGAAGAAGAGCAGGAAUCAGGCCUUGAUGGCUUUGGGCGCGUUGAAAGAUCUCCUCGGCCAGGGUGUCGUGCUUCCGCCGGACCGAAAACUGAAGGCAUUUGCAAGACAGUCUGGCCUUAUCUGCGCACUGCAAGGGAAGGUUGCCAAAUGGGAACCAGGCGACAAGCUGCCCGGCAACAUCCAGAAGAUCCAUUUGAUCGCAUGGGCGUACGAGGACUGGCUCAAGAAGCAGUAUUUCGAGAUGCUUAAGAUCAUGGAAGGAUGGUGCAAUGACGAAGUCGAAUAUUCACGGAACCGGGCAUUACAGUUCGUUUGGGAGUUGCUGAAGGAGAAGCCUGAGCAAGAAGAGAAUCUACUUCGGCUCCUCAUCAACAAGCUUGGUGACAAGGAGAAGAAGGUCGCAUCCAAGGCAUCUUAUCUCCUCCUGCAGCUGCAAGUCACCCACCCGCUUAUGAAGAGCGUCAUCAUCAAUGCGAUCGAAUCAGAUCUGUUGUUUCGGCCAAACCAGAGCGCCCAUGCAAAGUACUAUGCAGUCAUCACGCUUAAUCAGACAGUCCUAAGCACAAAAGAGCAAGAAGUAGCUAACAAGCUUUUGGAAAUAUAUUUUAGUCUCUUUGUUGGAUUGUUGAAGAAACAGAAGGAUAAAGAAACCGAGGAGAAGAAGCUGAAUAAGAAUGGCCUCAUUCAGGGUGGUGGUGGCAAACCUGGCAAGAUGGCUCGAAAGAAGGCUAAAAGGGGAGCAACAGAGGCUUACAAGUCCGAGGAUGAAAUGAAGGAGAAAUUGAUCGCUCAAGUCCUGACGGGCGUCAACAGAGCAUUUCCUUUCGCCAAGACUGACGAUGAGAAGUUUGGAGAGAAACUCGACACCAUCUUCGAAGUCACUCAUUCGUCUAAUUUCAAUACUAGUAUUCAGGCUUUAAUGCUUAUCCAACAGAUCUCAACAACUCAACAUUUCUCCGCCGAUCGCUUCUACCGAACUCUUUACGAAUCUCUCUUAGAUCCACGGCUCAUCACCUCCUCCAAGCAUAUCCUAUACCUGAAUCUCCUAUAUCGGUCCCUGAAAGCGGACGUCAGCAUCAAGCGAGUCAAAGCGUUUGUGAAGCGAUUACUUCAAAUUAUCCAUUUGCAUGAACCACCAUUCAUUUGUGGCGUCCUAUACCUCAUUAAUGAGCUCAUCGCCAGCUUCCCUAGCAUUAAGUCGAUGCUUUCCACACCCGAGGACAACGCUUCGGACAGUGGAGAAGAGCAUUAUGACGAUGUACUAGAAGACUCGACGGCUGCCAACAGUAUAGAGCCUUCCAAGCAUCCUCAUUACGAUUCCAAGAAACGAGAUCCGGACCAUGCGCAUGCAGAUCUAUCUUGCCUGUGGGAGCUUCUUCCGCUGCAGGCACACUACCACCCAUCGGUCCACGUUCUCGCUUCCAAGCUCCUCAAUUCGGAGCCCAUGAAGGAGAAACCAGAUCCAACGAUCUACACUCUCAUGAACUUCCUCGACAAGUUCUCCUUCAGAAACCCGAAGACCAAGGCGCAGGUCUCACACGGUACAUCCAUCAUGCAGCCCAUGUCUGGCACCUCCAAGGCAGCCGACUAUCUCAUCACACAACGAGAAAGCGGCAAGCGUGAGGAGGCUGUUAAUUCCGAACAAUUCUGGCGUAGAAAAGUGGAUGAGGUUCGAGUAGACGAGGUCUUCUUCCAUACCUACUUUGAAAAGGCAGGCAAGGCGAAACAGGCCAACAAGAAAGAGAAAAAGAAGAGGAAGGGCAAGGAUGAGGGGAGCGAGUCAGACGGUGAGGAAGAGAUUUGGAAGGCAUUAGUCAAUAGUCGUCCAGAGAUUGAGGGAGGGGAUGACAGCGAUGAAGGAUUCAGCGAUCUAGACAUGGGCGACAUGAGUGACGAUGAAGGCGAAAGCGGAGCUGACAUUGAUGAAGGUGUGGAGCUGAACCUCGGAAGCGAUGAUGAAGCGGUCGAGGACACCGACAUGAAACAAGACGGCGAAGAUGAGGAUAUGGAUGAAGCGUUUGACCUUGACGACGAAGAGGCUUUAGUAGACAGUGACGAGGAUAUACCCAUUGAUUUCGACAUGAAUGGCAAUUUGGAUGUCGAAGAGCCUGCUCUUUCCAGGUCCAAGGGAGAUACAAAGGACCAAGAUAAGGAGAAGAAAGGCAAGAAGAAGAGGAAGCUCAAGCACCUCCCGACCUUUGCCUCCGCAGAGGACUAUGCGAAGUUGCUAGGUGAUGAUAACGAGUAG